AUGGGAAACUUGUGCCCGUGCUGUGGAGCACGCGACAAAGACCCAUCCCUGCUGCCAGACUACGCCUCGGGUGGAAAUUCCCAGCAUGGGUUUGCCCUCGCGAAAAACGACCGAGUGCGGAUGGAAGAUGCAGUAUCCAUCAGCGACAAUGUUGCUGGACACGCCUGCUUCGCAGUGUUCGAUGGUCAUGGAGGCGAGAAGGCCACUGUACUAGCCAAGCAGUUCCUGCCGAUGCAGCUCGAAAAGCACCUCGAGUUAGAGAACAGCAAGCAGGAAGCAGCCAAUCAAGCGUUGGCAGCGAUGGACGACCUCAUGCACAAGGAACUGGAACAGGAAGCCAAAGUAUUGACAGCCGGUACUUCGUCCGGAACGGUUGCAUGCGUUGCGCUCCUUCAGGAAGGCGAGCUCGUUCUGGUAAAUUUGGGGGACUGCAAAGCAGUUGUAUGCGAGAACGGAAAGGUGGGCACAACGACGCGAGACCACCACCCCGACAAGAAUGAAGAGGAGAAGCACCGCUUGGAGAAGCUCGGCGUCUGCGUCGAGGGCGGUUACGUGGAUGGGAAAGUUCAAGUCUCUCGAGCCCUCGGGGACAUCGUGGACAAGACCGGGCACAAGAUCCUGGGUCUCAGCAAUACACCCGAGGUGACCAGCCUCGAAGUUAAGAAGACGACAGAAUUCGUCAUCCUGGCCACCGACGGAAUCUGGGAUGGCCUUCGCGAACAGCUUGCGGUCACCACUGCUAGGAAGGUCCUGAGGGAGACGAAGUCAGCAGAGGAAGCUGCCAAAGCAGUGCUGGAAGCAGCUGGCAAAGCCACGAAGGCCGACAAUGCAGCAGUGAUUGUGGUGGCGCUCAACAUCCCAGAGCCGCUCCCUAAAAGGGAUGCGCCCCCGAGCCGAUUCCGUCGGAACUCCAAGACGGAGUGA